UUUUAGUUGUUGAUAGUGUGCUGUAAUCUCGUUGUAUGUCAUGCGCGAUUAUGUUUAAAAAUAAAAUCGGAGUGUCUGAAAUUGUGAAUUGGGCUUAGUUAUAAACAGUGAAAUUAAUACUUUUCAUGAGGAAUUUCGAACAUAGGCUGAAAAUAACCUAAAAGAGUUAACAGUGAUUGAAACCCAAAACUUUACAUGUAGGUACGCUGGAAAUAUAUCAACGAAAAAAUACUAAAAAUCCACACCGAAAAUUCCAAAUUUGAAUAGAAAGCUCUUGAAGGGAUAAUGGAAAGUUCUAGCAGCAUGGUUAAGGAAAAGUCUAGUUCAACCCGUAUCUACGAUGAGGAAGGGUUCAAACGUAGAGCAGCCUGUAUAUGCGUCAAGUCGGAAGCUGAAGAUGAAGUACUCUUAAUAUCUUCAGGUAGCAAGCCUGGCAUAUGGAAAGUACCAGGUGGUGGUGUAGAGCCAGGAGAAGAUCCUAGCGAUGCUGCAGCUCGAGAAGUGAUGGAAGAAGCAGGAGUCUUGGGUAACGUCGGAAGAAGCUUGGGAGUAUUCGAAAACCCUGACCGAAAAGAACGCACAGAGGUGUUCGUCAUGAUUGUUAAGAAAGAGCUGGAAGAUUGGGAUGAGGCUAAGACCAGAAACAGGAAGAGGCAAUGGUUUUCGAUGGAGGAAGCCAUAGAACAGGUAGCGCUUUAUAAACCAUUACAGCGUAACUAUCUGCAACAAUUAUGUCUGUCCAGGGCACCCAAAAAACUUAUCCAAACCUUGUGAAUCCUGUUCCAUGCAUUUCAUUUUCUCAUUAAAAAUUCAUUGUUAAUUUUUCAUCUCUCAUUCGGAGAUUGAAUAAUAGAAUUAUCGUUAUGUUUUUGUUGUUUUUAAUAAAGAGUAAUAAAGUUUCGUAAAAUAUCA